CAAAGUAUCAUAUUAUCGAUGCAACUCCUACGAGGCAUCGCUAUCGCCAAACUGCACCAAUGACCCAAUUCCAAGUACCUAACCAGUAUCUCGCAGCAACCCAAAGGUUAUUAUACAACGUCUCCAGCCUUCAACGCCCGUAUGCCAAACCCACGCAGCAGAAUCCGAGGCCCACCACCGCCUGCACGGCAACAACGCCCUCCAACAACGCCCCGCCCGCUCCUGGACCCGUGAGCGGCAGCUCGGCGCCGAAAAUCGAGGCGCGCUCAAUGGCGGCGUCUGGGUGGUCAAAGAUCGCAAGAGCGGUAAAGAAUACAUCGAGAAAUGCGCCCAAGACACAAUGAUCAAGGACGGGACCAUCCUACAGGAAAUCACUAUACUAAAAUAUCUCUCGUCGCCCUCGCAUGAGAAUAUCACCAAACUGGUGGACCACUUCGUCGACAAGAAGCUGUGCAAAGUGAGCAUCUACCUGAAAGAAUGCAGCAUGGGCAGGCUCGAAGCACUGAUCGAAUCGCGAUACCAAGGCGGGGAGCUCUUCAACGAGCUCGACGUCUGGGAGUGGUUCAUCCAGCUCUUCUCCGCGCUGACAUACUGCCACUACGGGCCCGACCCCACCGCGCGCUUUGCCUACAACCGCCCCGAGGACUGGGAAAAUGAGUGGGACAGGGUGUUCCACUGGGACAUCAAGGUUGAGAACAUCCUAGCCCACGAGGCGACGCCCAAGGGUAUGACGACGCAGUAUACGCUCAAGCUCGCAGACUUUGGGUGCGCGGUUGCGCGAAGGUAUAUCUGGGUUGAUACAGCGAACGACCGGAAAAAGACGAGCUGGUGCACGAGGAGGUGGACGCCGCCAGAAUAUCCACAGUUUGUGGGGAGGUCUGAUGUAUGGCAGCUCGCUGCUGUCGUGGGAUGUAUCUGCAAUUUGAUGAACGUGCCGUUCUUUGACCAUGCAGCGCCGGCGCCUGGGUACUCGGUUACACUCAAUAAUGCGAUUGUGGAAAGUAUGAAGAAAGACUUCAGACAGAGGCCGAAGGCAGAUGAGGUGCUGGGACAUGUGAGAGGAAAGUACAAGGUCAAGGCGGAGGUGCUGGAGAAGGAUCCGAGGCCUGUGCCUGAUAAGCUUGAUAAAGUGAAGAAGGACAGGAGGGAGAGACAGUUAAAACGAGGACUUGAGAAGGGGUCUAAGGAGCAGCAGCAACAAGCUGCUGCGGCUCAGGCACUCAAUCGGCAGGCACAGGUUGUGGGUCAGUGGGGUGUAGGAAAUGAUGGCUUUGGGGGUCCUGGUCCGUUUGCGGGUGCUGGAUGGGGUGGUCUCGGUGGACGGGGCGGUGGACCUGGUAAUAUGCAACCGUUUGGUAGAAUAGGUCGGGGCUGGUAUGGAAGUGGUGGGGGUAUGUACUAGUCUUCGCAAUUUGGGGGACCCCCAAGUGGGUAUUAUGGUGGAAGUUACAGUUCUCCAUUUGGAGGUCAUUGAAUUGGAGGUUAUGGGCCUGGAUCCUUUGGGAUUAGUCCUCAUAAAUUUGAGCCGUACGGGUCUGGAAGAUUUGGUGGUUAUCCGCCGUACGCUGCCCCUCCUCGAUUGCGGAGGCGGUCAUUAAAACGUUGUUCUCGGGUGUCAAGACAUAGAUCCAGCUAUAAAUAUUUUAUUGUUGUAUGCGUACGAUUUGUGU